GCCUCUUCACGGAUAGAGGAGGGGCUGGACCGUGGCGCGGGGUGGAGGAGAGGACGGGUAGAACGAAGGCUGGCAGCGGUGCUUUGGAAAACCCACUUCUCCAAAAAUAAAGUUUGACUACAUUCUUCUUAUCGAACGGAAGACUUCACAGAAUAGAUUCUUUUUUUUCCAGUUUUUUUUUUACCAUUGCUUAUUGGGGAAAAUGACUAAACCAUCAGACUUUUAGGAGAAAAUACAUUGGAAAGUGUCGCUCAACUUUCUACACAGGAAGCAAGGUCUAACUGCAGAUUGCGGACGACUCAGAUGCUCAGAACAUGGAGCUGAACAGAGGAGAAGUACCUCUAUAUGGCCAGGUGGAGGUCCGUGCUGUGUUACAGGUUCCAGAUCUGGACAGGGAACCAGAACAGACAGAGUUCUACGUGGUUCUAGAAGGUUCCAGACUAGUCCAUGUUACUGUAGUUAAGAGAGCGGAGGAUGGAGAGUCUCUUUGUUUCACAGUUCCUGGUCACGACCUCCAAGAGACCGCCUCUGUCACAGUGUAUCGCCACACAGAGGGCGGAGCCAAGCCUUGUGGAGGCGGGGCCUCCCUGAGGUACGUCUGCGAUUUGCCACAGGAAGUGGCCGAGUACCUGCUAGCCAACAGCGACUGUCUGAGUCCCCAGAGCCACCUGGAGGUUCUGAGGAGGGUCUCAGCAGCUCCAGGGGAGGGGGACAGGGAGGGUGACAUGAGCGCUGGUCCAGGAAAGGAGCACUCUCUGGGGCAGACAGACCAGGAGGAGGAGGGGGUUAGCGGUGGGAGACCCAGACCUGAUCCACAGAUAGAGUGUCAUCUCAGGGAGAUGGAUGAGAGGAUAACCCAGGCCGUGGCAAACCUGAACUACCCUCUGGAGUGGAGCGGCAAGGCCAGCCAACCUAGAGAAGAACUCCUGCCCAGGGAGGCUCUCCUCCACCUCUCAGUGCGUCUGGGUUUGCUCCAUCUCUCCCGCUUUCUGAUUGGCCAGCCUAUGGGUCAGAGGGCACUGACCAUGCCCAAUGAGGAGGGGGAAACGCCCCUACAGCUGGCUCAGAGGAGAGGAGACCACUCCCUCUUUAUGGCACUCGCUACUUCACCUGUCCCUCAGAGGUCUCCCCUUGUCGGGGUGUGGUGUGUAUGGGCAGAUAGCACCCAUGUACUGAGGUUCUGUCCUGGAUCUGGCUGCCUCUCCCUCACCUUCCUGGGGGGCCCUGAGAGCAGUGUUCUGGGCAACAUCCUGGUCCUCAGAGAGAAACUGAUGGACCACAACAUCCUCAGACAGAUCUCAGCACUGAGAGGUGAUGUUCAGAUGGGGGACAGUUACGGAUUGGACGUCCAUAGAAGUGAUGCCAGUGACGGAGGUCUGGGCAGGGGGCUGCCACUUGGAUACCUUACUCUGGUGGAUAGUGUUUUUGAAGAUCAGCUUGUUCUCUCUCUGGAUGAUGAUGAGGAGCUUCCAACGUUACAAACAGUAAAGUCCCAGACGACCCACCCCAGAGGAACCCAGAGACAGUUCUCUCACUCUGCUGCUGCAGACACAUCAGCCUCCAUGAUCAAUGGCAGGAGUCAGCUCAACACAGAGGUGGAUGACCUAAGGGCUAAGGUCAGUGUUGCUGGCAUAAGGAGGGACAGCUCUGUGACUGUCAGCAGGGUGUGGGACUCUGUGUCCUCAGAGGCCCUGCUCCUACAGGCCACCUGCACCCCUCUACCUCCCUUGGGACUAGAGGAACAACAGUCCCCCUCCGUCUCUCCCUCUCCCUCACCUUCCCCUGCUGACCGAGCCCUCGCCCGACUCAACAGCAACUCCCACUCUUACCUAGCCAAUCAGAAAGGGAGCCGGCCUCUGGAAUCCCCUGACCUCAGCCCCAGUCUGGUAGCUCUAGUGAUGGACAGUGAGGAAGAUGAGGAGGGGUUCCUGGUGAAGUCUUCCCUCUCUCCCAUCUCUCCCCUGACCUCUGACCCUCGUAGCAGCGGGGACGACACCUCCCCAGACCUCACCUGCACACGCACACACUCCGCGUCCUCAGAUGGCGACCCCACCAUCGCAAAGGAAAUGAGCAAUCAGGGGAUCAGACACCGCUCCUACUCAUACUCCUCCCCCAAGAUCAGCCUGCUGCCCCCCCGCUUCUCCCGCAAAACCUUAGCCACGCCUGCGACCUCUGACCUCAGCCCAGAACAGAGAACAUUCAGUCUAUCAGAGCAGCCUCUCGAAAAAAGAAUUGAAGAGGAGGAGUGGGACAAGUACAACAUCCCCUCCAAGGUGGAGUCAGAGAAAUACAAAGUGAUUCGUACCUUCAGCUUCCUCAAGAGCAGGAUGUCCACCACUCGCAACAAGAACAAGGGAAAGGGGAAGGAGAAGGAGAGAGAGAAGGGGAAGGAGAAGGAGAGAGAGAAGGAAGGGAAAGACAAGGACAAACAGCAGAAUGGACAUCGUUUCUCCACGGGUUCCUGUGCUGGUUCCACCGUCUGUCUGGUCUGUGACAAACCUGCUACUGGCAAGGACCUUCUGCACUGCUCCUGUUGUACAGUCAUGGUCCAUAAGGGUUGUAAGGACUCUGCUCCCCCAUGUCUAAAGAAACUUCAGGAUAAGUAUGCAGUUACUAUGGUGAAGAACCGAACAGCAUCCCUCCCACAGAACUUCACAGUGCGAGACAGUCCCUCUCCAUGUCCGAUCUCCACCUCAGCCUCUCUACCUAUGAUGAGCCAGAGGGACAAGAGGGAAACAGCCUCCCUCCCCAACCCCCUCUCCAAGAGUGUCCCUUCUGCCACAGACAGCAGGCUUAACGAGAGUCCAGAGGCGGAGUCUGACAGCAGGUGGUGUCCUGGCCAAUCAGAGGAGCUUCUGCAGACCACCGAGUCGUCCACGUCCACUGACUCCUCCGUCGGAGAAGACUGUGUGGACGCUAGUCUCCAUAGUGACCUAGAUGCUGAUGCUCUAGACUACGAGGCUGAGUCUUGGAGUCUGACGGUGGAGCACACGUUCUGUAAGAAGCAGGACAAACGGGUGGUCAAGAGACAGGAUGUUAUCUAUGAGUUGAUGCAGACAGAGAUGCACCACCUCCAGACACUGAGGAUCAUGGCUGAGGUGUUCCGGCGAGGGAUGAUGGAGGAGGUUCAGUUGGAUGCGGGCGCCGUGGACCGUGUCUUUCCCUGUCUGGAUGAACUCCUCCUCCUCCACCACAACCUCUUCAACGCCAUGCGGGAACGCCGCCACAGCUCCGCCAAGCCACACGGGGACAGGAACUACGUCAUAGUGCGCAUCGGAGACAUCCUGUUGCAACAGUUUUCUGAAGACAGUGCAGAGAGGAUGAAACAGGUGUAUGGAGAGUUCUGCAGCCAUCACACUGAGGCAGUCACCUUCUUCAAAGAGUUACAGCAGCACAACAAACGAUUUCAGACCUUCAUCAAGCAACAAAGUAAUAACUAUUUGGUCCGGAGGAGAGAGAUCCCAGAAUGCAUCUUGUUGGUGACCCAGAGGAUCACUAAGUACCCUGUUCUGCUGGAGAGGAUUCUACAGUACACUCAGGCGGACAGUGAGGAGCACAUGGACCUCUCCAGAGCUCUGGUUCUGAUCAAGGAAGUUAUCGCGGCGGUUGACCUGAUGGUCAGUGAGUUUGAGCAGGGUCAACGGUUACAGGAUGUCCUGAACAGGAUGGAGAAUCGUAGCUUUGCCAAGCUGAAGAACGGGCACACGUUCAGAAAGCAGGAUGUUCUGGGGCCAGGCCAGACCCUCAAACACCAGGGCCUGUUACUGUGGAAGACCGCCACCGGACGACUCAAAGAUGUCAUGGCUCUCCUUCUGACAGACACACUGAUCUUCCUCCAGGAGAAAGACCAGAAGUUCAUAUUCGCUGCUGUGGACCAGAAGCCCCCAGUGAUCUCUCUCCAGAAGCUGAUCGUCAGAGAGGUAGCCAAUGAGGAGAGAGGGAUGUUUCUGAUUAGUGCGUCGGCUGCAGGGCCAGAGAUGUACGAGGUCCACACUUCCUCGAAAGAUGAACGCAACACCUGGAUGAGACUAAUCAGAGAGGCAGUAGAGAGCUGUCCAGAGGAAGAGGAGGAGAACACUAACGAGUCAGAAGAGGAGAGAAGAACAGCUGAGGCCAGACUCCAGAAGAUACACAAACUACAGGAGACCCUAUCCAGUCAGGAUUAUCAGAUAUGCUCCAGUCUGGAGGAGAAGCUACAGAUCUAUGCUGAACUGUCUGCCCUGAGGGGCGAGGCCCAGGAACCACACCCUGAGACACACCUACUGGUCCAGCCAAACCCAGAGGAGGUGCCCCAGGCUGCAGUACUGCUUACUGCCGCACUCAGAGAGGCUGAGAACCUGAGGACCACUCUGUCCUCGCUGACCUUUUCCCCCUUCAGCCCCUGCAGCCCACCCAGGGACCCCCUGUCCCACCCUGUGUCCCCAGCCUGCCCUCCUACCCCCCAGGACAUCCCCUCAGAUGCGGAGGCCUCUCUUGGGGACCCUAAUACCAGGGAUGGGGAGUCAGCCUCCCAGGUCCUUGUACUGCAGUCCCUGACUAAUAAUAUCAACCUUAAGGUGUCACACAGUGUCCAAAGCUUGACCCAGUUGCUCUAUAGUCUACAGGCGGCGGUAACCAUCCAAGACAGUUUCUACGAGGUUCAGAAGUUCCUCCUCCACGAGACUGACCGCCACUCCCCCCGCUCUCCGAGACCACACACCCCAUGUCUCCGUGGCAACGCUCUGCAGGAGCAGGAGAAGCAGCGUAACCUAGAGAAGCGCCGUGAGGAGGUGGCGGCCGCAGUACGGCUGCAGGGCAGGCUGCACCAGGAGAGACAGCGGUGGGAGAGGGAGUGCCAGGCACGCCACAGCCAACAGGGGGAGCUGGAGAGCAGGCUGGAGGAGAGGGAGAGACAGUGCCACCUGGAGGCUGAGAGGCUGAAACAGGAGCGGGAAGAGCUGGAGGAGCAGCUGGGAGAGUACCAGCAGAGCCUGGAGAGGCUGAGAGAGAGUCAGAGGAGUGUGGAGAAGGAGAGGGAGAGGCUGGAGACCCAGCAGAACCUGUUGCAGAGCUGGAGACAUAGCCGACAAAGGAGCCUGCCUGUCAUGGUCAUACCACUGGACCGCUGUCAUCAGGACUCACUUCCUGGUCAGCCUGGAGGCCAUCUUGACAACGGCGGCUCAGUUUUUGUCAACGAGGCAGCGGUCACCACGGCAAUGGGGCUCAACAACCGCCAUGUGCACCACCACCUGCAGCAGCAGCAGAGAGGGGGGUCCCUGGGGUACGGAGAUGACCCUCGAGCCCACAACAGCCUGAACACCCUACUGGCCCGCUCCAGCCACGGACAGACACUCCAACUCCACCCUGACACACACACACCCCAGGGCUGGGCGGGUGGCACCGGUGUCACCGGGUACCUCUACACACCCACAGAGGGACAGGGCUCUGAGCAGAAACCCAACGAUAUAAACACACACCGCUAUGUGAGGGAGACGUGGUCAUCGAUGGCAACAGCGGCUGGACAAUAUCAGGGUGUACCGCCACAUGGAGAUCCCCAACUGGACCUGUCCUUCUUGGUUCCCCUGGAGACGGAGAGUGGGGAUGGGGAGGACGUGGGAGAGGAGAACAUUGUGUACCUCUGAGGCUGAACCCCCUGAGUCAAAACCAGGACUUAAAUCUGGAAUCCUUAAUGGUGACACUGCCACGUCCGUUUGGGAUAUUACUACAACAAAGAAGUUACUGCAAACAACAAACACAGUUUUUCCCCCCUUGGACAUCAUUAGAAUCACAGAUAUAAUAUGAAUAUAUGAAGGCUCUGAAUCCAAGGUUGGACAGUAAAUAUCUAGGCCUAUUGUAUAUCAACAAGGUUUAAAGAAGUAACAGGACUGGCACAUACAGAAAUAUCUCAUGCUUUGUCUCUCUGCCCCGCCACGUCUGUGCCAGGUACCCUCCAUAUGUGUCGCCAAGUGUUGUCAAAUGACAAACACUUUUAUAGUGCUACUUGUUUAUGUGUCCAUAUGUUCAGUGUGUGUGUGUGUAACUUCAUCCUCUAUGUGUGUGUGUGUGUGUGUGUGUGUGUGUGUGUGUGUGUGUGUGUGUGUGUGUGUGUGUGUGUGUGUGUGUGUGUGUGUGUGUGUGUGUGUGUGUGUGUGUGUGUGUGUGUGUGUGUGUGUGUGUUGAGAGUUCAACUCCAGGGCUGCCAUCGGGCCUGUGUGCCUGAGGCCCUCCAAUGACAGUUACCCUGACCAACCCUGCUGCCUGCCUUCCCCCUCUCUCCUCACCCCUGUAUCAGUCUCAAUCUCUCUGUUUCCCUGCUCCACACUGCCCUAAGUCUGCUUCAGUCUACCUCUCGUUCUCUCCCUUGUCCUCUAAGCCCAAUCUCUCCAGGACUAUUUAUUAGGCUCUCCCAGAAUGAAAUGCUGAGGAGAGUCUUCUCUGUGUUUCCGCAGGGGAAAGAGAGAGAGCCGAGAGGGGCUGGUAUCACUGUAGAAUCAGGCUGAAUCUGUCCAGUUGCUCUGUGGCUGAUUGUCUGGCCAGGAAAUAAACAGCUGCUCGCCCAUUCAUCAGACAAGCUCUAUUUAGAAGGUGAGCGGGACGCUGCAAACACAUUAGUCAUGAAGGAUGAGGUGAAGCACCAUGGUCGGAAGGGAUUUGGUCCCUUGGUUUCUCAGACUGUCUGGCUCUGGCUACGCCCGGACAGCAUCAUUUGUUUUAAUCCGAAGGACUUUUUAUUGUUUUGAAAGAGAGUAAAGGUAUUGUGGUUUUAGGAAUGAUGUUGUGACUGUAGCAGUCUAUCAAUACAAUAUAGGACACUGCACUAGUCUGCCUAUAUAAAGUACAUAUUUUAUUAGGGUCAAACGCAUAUAUUGGUCAAAAACCAUAGGACAGAACAUUUCUAUACUUUCAAUGACCUUUGCUUUUAAAAGUGGUUUUAAGAAUCCAAUCAGGGACAGAGUGCACUGUACAUGUGAAGCAUACCAAAUAUGGCCACAUCUCUUCUGCAUGAUACAUUUGUUUUUACAUCGUUUUCAUAGAUUUUAAUGUUUAAAUAUUCCUUCCAAGGCACAUAUUUCAUAGCACAUGAUUUAUUCCAGUAUGUGUUCAGUUACUUUUAGAUUUCGUCUUAUGUAAAGUUACCUUACUAAUGCAUGUGUAGUAAUAGUAGCAGGAUAGUCAGCCUGGUAUCAGUUUAUAUCAGUGGAGGCUCCAUAGAGGAGGAAGGGGGGACUAUCCUCUGUGAAUUUCAUAAAAAUAAAAAUAGUGAAACAUUGAAAAAGUGAUCCUUUUUAUAUAAAACUAUACUAAAUCUAUUCACGUCACCAAAUAGUUGAUUAAAACACACUGUUUUUCUAUAUAGGUCUACAGUAGCCUCAACAGCACUCAGUAGGGUAUCACCAUGGAGUAGCCAUAGGACAGCUAGUUUCCAUCCUCCUCUGGCUACAUUGUUUUAUUUAUUAUUUUUGUAUUUUAUUAUUUUACACUUAUUUUACCAGGUAAAUUGACUGAGAACACGUUCUCAUUUACAGCUACAACCUGGGGAAUAGUUACAGGGGAGAGGAAUUACACCAAUACAAAACUUAUAGACUUACACAGUAAUAAUGACAUUUUCCGGAGAAUGUCCUUCAACCUAUCAGAGCUCUUGCAGCAUGAACUGACAUGUUGUCCACCCAAUCAAAGGAUCAGAGAAUGAAUCUAGCACUGAAAGCAUAAGCUACAGCUAGCUAGCACAGCAGUGCAUAAAUUGUGGUGAGUAGUUGACUCAAAGAGAAAGACAAUAGCUGACCAGUUUUUAACAAAUGAAUUUCUUCAAAAAUGAAGGAGAGGCAAGAGAGAGAGAGCUAUAUUUCUUGUUGUCAUUUUUUCACUUUCACUUUCACUUACUUAGCUAGUGAAUGCAGCUAGCUAGUUUAGCCUACUCAAACACCCAGCUAAAACAGGGAGGGAUGAUAUGUUAGCUAGCUGGCUAUGACUAUCCAAAACUGGAAUUUUUCCAAGUCAAGGUAAACUUUUGGUUUUAUUAAUUUAUUGCCACCGGGGCUCGCUGGUGUAAGUGCUAAACUGCUUGCUGUACACUGUACUGCAUGAUUGUCGCGGCUUUACUAACGCGUUAGUUCUCGUAGCCAUAUUGACUAGCUAUGAUGUUAGCUACUAUGGUGACAAUGAUGUAAGCUGUGUGUAGCAGUUAGUGGUUAUAAUCUGAAGGUUUGGCUUGGACAGUUUUUUUGCCUGGUCACAGACAGCUGGUGUGUUGUGCGCUGCAAUCCACGAGUGAAGGGAAAAGGUGAGAGGAGGAGAGUGCGUAGAUGUGAGAAGGAAUACAACAAGCAAAGUAAUCAUGUUGUUUGUAUAUGGCUGCUAUGAAAGUGAACUGUGUUUAUGUGUGAUCAGGGAUGCGUGUAUUCAUUCCUCCGAUUCUGUAAGCCAACGGAAUGAAACAUGGAUAAAAAUACCUGAAUUUGUUUGCAACUGUUGGGUCUAAUGAUUACACCCUAGAUCAGCUAGAUGCAGGCAAGAGUGUGUGGUAUUAAAUGUGUCACUGUAACGGUCGUCUUAGUAAUUGGACCAAGGCGCAGCGGGUUGAGUGCUCAUCUUAACUUUUAUUGUGAACACGACUAAUAAACAAAACAAUAAACGAAUGAACUGU